CCGGACACCAUUUUCGUCCGCGUUGUGUAAAACUUCCCUCGACGUGACCAUCCCGCCGACGGUGAGUCCCCUUAGUCGACGACCGAGGAAGUGCUCAGCUUGAUGCGGAAAGCCCCUUUGCCCGACACAAUCCAGUCCAUGGUGAAGCAGCGCAAGUCCACAGCUACGGCGUUGGUUGAUGAAAAGGACGACGGCUCGCCAACAGUACCGCCGCCGCCAAAGUCUGGCCUGUUCAAGUCCAAGAUUCGCCUACCCUUCCAACGCGAUCGGAUCGACAGCACCUUGUCUGAGGCGCGAGUUUCAGAUGUGAGUGACGAUGCGUCGGACGAGAAAGACAAGUCACCGACACCUGUCCCAGGCAAGAAAACCCCCCCAAAGCCCACUGGCACCAGCGAAUGCCACAUGUGUCGCACGCAUCUGGGCCUUCGUCGGUACAAGCACCACUGCCGAAAUUGCGGCAAUUCCGUGUGCAGCUCCCACAGCAAGAACCAGCUGCCGUUGCCGCAGUUUGGCAUUUUACGCGCCGUGCGCGUGUGCGAUCGAUGCACCAAGGACGUGUUGCAGCAGCGCGUAGGCAUCAAGCGCGGUACGUCGUUGUUCCAGGAGAGCGCAUCCGUCACGAACGACUCGUCCAUCGGCGGGGUGCUGUACAGCGGCAUGGUCGAGGAGCAGGACGCGACCAUGGACAGCGUGCUGUACCUUGGGUCGUUGAAGAUGACGGGGCGGUCGCUCGCCAGUCGCAACAUGAACUUGAACGUGGCCAUCUGGAAAGACCGCAUGCUCGUGAUCACCCCCGCCGAGAUUCUGUGCUUCAAGCAUUACGCCGACUCGGGCCUCGGCGAAGUGCGCACCACCGUGCAUAUGACCGACAUCCUCCACGUGUACAUCAACGACAAGUACCCGACGAUCCUCACGACUGUACGCGCCGACGGCCGAAUCUUUCGCAUCCGCGCCAAGGACAAGGACCAGUGCCACGCCAUCCACGACAUCCUCACGCGCACGAUGCAGCUGUUUCAGGACGCGCUGUACAAACUGCAGCGCGGCGUGCGGCCAGAGGACUUCUCCGUUACAUCGGUCACGUCCCAGCACGCGUCGUCGUUGCCGGAGACAGUGGUCAUGGCGUUCCCCCAGCUGGGCGACGUCAUGGCAGUCCACGUGUUCCCAUCCACACUCGUCCGCGUGUAUGUGGCGGGUCCGAUCGCGUCGGGGGUUGCCGUCUACACGUACGACAUGCUCACCCAAAACGCGUUUCACCAGCCGCUCAACGCGCAAGAUAUUGUGCGGCAGUACUGCGAGAUGCCGCACUCGGUGGAGGACCCCCACGGCCUUGAAGUGCACGUCACCUCUGGCGACUCGUCUUCGCACAACAAGUUCAACACGAAAGACUGGGCGAGGCUGGUCGUGGUGGCGGCCGUCGGGGCUUUGGGCUGGCUGUAUCUUCUGCCAGGGAUCUUCAUCCUGGGGCUCGUGGUGGCGGCGGCAGUUGCCGUCUUCUGGGUUCCGUCUGAUAUGAGGGGCCAUUUGGGGGUGAUGUGGGCGACGCGGCGCUGGCAGACGGCAACACUGCGAAUCAUCAGUUGCAAGCAAGUGUCGGUCGGGCUCAAGUGCGGCGGCGGCGGCAGCGGCGGCUCGGACGAGGACACGCCCGACAACGACGUGUACCGGCGGUUCGUGGAAGGCGCGUCCGGCGACGUCGAGUUGGCCAAGCGCAAGUACUUUUUCAUGAUGAGUUGGCGCAAGACGGAAGAUAUUGACAACAUCCUCGCCAAGCCCCACGACAACUUUGCUGCGUUUAAAGAGUGCAUGGUGAGCUACAUCCACAAGCGAGACAAGUGCGGGCGCAUGGUGCUCGUGGACAAGUCGGGCGUGAUGAAGAAGAGCAUGCAGGCGCUGCUCGCGCGCGGCCUGACCGUGGACGACGCAUGCUACCACACGGCGUUCAUCAUGGAGUACCAGUGGAAGGUGCUGGACCCGCGGCCAUACCCCGACGGCCAGAUGCUCCGUAUCAUCGACCUCAAGGGCAUCUCCAUGGACGCCAUGAGCAGCGAAGUGUUUGGGUUUGUCAAGAAGCUCGGGUUCAUCGUUGGCCACUACAACGCCGAGCGCAUCUACAAAGUGAUCAUUGUGAACCCCCCCGCGUGGUUCAACAUGAUUUGGAAGGUCGUGGCGCCCAUGAUCAACCCCAAGACCCGCGACAAGACGAUUGUCGUGCGCGGCGCGGCCGAGAUCACGAAAGCCCUGCUCGAGUUUAUCGACUUGGAGAAUAUUCCGCAAGAAUACGGCGGGACCUGCGCGUGCGAAGGCGGCGGGUGCAUGACCCAUUCCCCCGAAGAAAUCGAACUGCGCGCCUUUGUCACGAAGCUCAAUGAUCGCGAUGUCGCCGGUGCCCAGGAAUUGCUGCAGCAGAUUCGAGACCGACCCCAUGCGUUGUCUAGCGUACAGGAGGACCAACAGCUCGACCAGCAGUCAUAGAAAUCCCCCAUCAUCAUUUCCUCGUUGUGUUCAUUACGUU